UACAAGUCGAAAUCCAAAUCCCCGUUUGACAUAGGUGAUAGAAGACUUGUGCCCUACAGCGGGACUAUUAAGUACAGUCUGAUGAUGACGAGUAUCUGUAUUGUCCAUCAGAACAUUCGCUGGAUCCACGGCUACAACCCACGCGUGGGCGUGAUCAACCUGAACCAGCAGGGCAGCAGCACGGCGCUAUACGCGGCGGGCAACUGCGCCGUGCUCUACAACUGGAGCCUCAACACCAUGAUGAUCCUGCAAGGCCAUAAGCACAUGGUGACAUGCAUAUCUUCUGACAGUGAGGGCAAAUGGCUCGUCACAGCUGACACGGGCCCGGAAAACGUUAUCAUAAUAUGGGACAGCACCGACUACUUUCCUCAAAAAACCAUCUUCAACCCCCACGGCAACGUAAAGUUGGCGAAGGUCGUUAUCAGCGCGGAUGCUAAGUUCCUUCUAUCACUGGGAUACCAGGAUAAAGCUACAAUUUAUUGGUGGAUUUGGUCUUACGGGUUGGACGUCCCUCAUGCAUCAUUGGAGGUAGAUAUUCCGAAAGGCAGCGUCAUCGACAUGAGUUUCAACCCCAACAAUACUCAACAAUUCUUGCUUAUGACCAAGCACGAUAUAUGGAUUGGUAUAUCUGCGAAAAUAUUUGUCAUGGAGAGAGGUCUUUUGAAAGAGACCAACGAUUACGAGCUUAAGAUUCGAAUGAUAGACAGAAAGAGAUGCCUUGAGCACGGCAUACUGACUUGCUUCACGUUCGUGAAAGACACUGGCCAGGUUUUGGCGGCGACCAGUCGCGGAUCCGUCCUGGUGUACGGGUACACUAUAGAGUACAACACUAAUGUGGAUAUGAAGAACUAUGAAAACUUGAGAUAUAUCAAGGGGUUGAAGGUGGAACCGAGAAGGAUUAAUGUCAUUAACUGUAUUGAUGGAGUAAUCGUCACGGGUAACUCCGCCGGCGAGAUUCAUUUUUACGACAGUCAGAUGAAACUCUUGUACUGGGUGCACGGGUUCACAGUGGACUCUGUAAAAGGAAUCAGCUUCAAUAUUUCUCCGAGGAGCUAUAUAACGCUGAAUCCUAAAUGCAACAAAAUUUGCCCUUGCUGGGAACAAGUGGUCGUCGAAGAGGAUCCUGAAACAAGCGUGCCUCGUCAGAAGCUCUUAAAGAAGGCGUUACCCACCGACGCCACUACAGCAGACAAGCCAUUCCUGGUCAGGGACUUUAUUGUCUGUACUCACAACCAGGGCGUAGGUUUCGUGGACUUUGUGACGGAGAAGCUCGUCACAAUACUGGACAGCAAGACAUCGCACGCUCUGUCGCUAUCAGUACACCCGGAAAAGACUUUUUUGUGUGUCGGAUACAACGAGGGUACCAUCGAGCUAGUCAACUAUGUUCAGCACAAACUGUUUAUUAGGAUUAAUCUGAGAGAUCAUUACAAAGUGGUGAUACCACCUAAAGAAGACUCGAUAAAAGGAGACAUGGGGGUCACUAGACCUCAGCUUUCUGUCACCUGCUUAAAGUAUUCGCCGUCAGGCAUGCAUUUGGCCUGCGGGUUGGACACGGGACAGUUAAUAUUCCUUCACCCCACGACCAUCAACGUCCUAACAGAGCAACCUUUUCGUGACACGCUGUACGCCAUCAUUCAGAUCGACUACAGCCCGGACUCUAGGACCCUGGCGUUAGCGGAUAAAAACAGAACUGUUUUUGUUUACAAGUUUGAUUGCGAUGCACAUAAAUGGUGGUUUGUCGGAAAGCACAGAGCUCAUUACAAAGAUAUCACUUCAAUUUUCUUCCUGCCUAUCCAGAACGCUAAUGGAGACUACAAGCUCUUUUCACUUGGAAUUGAUCGUAUUAUGGUUGAGUACAAUAUUGGAGAGAGUUGUGACGAGUACCUUGAAGUCCUGAGCUUAGACCGAGUCGACCAGUGUGCUGUACCACUGUGCGGUAUGUACUGGCCGAACAACACUGAAUUGGAUCUUGAAACACAUCGCAAUGACCUACCUAUGAUACUUAUUGCCAAUGAUGAGCACAAAUACAAAAUCGUGAACUACGCCACCACGAUGACGUUAUCAACGAUCCUGGGCCCCAGGUACGAGAACCCAGUGUGUCGCAUGCAACUGAUCACAAAGUCGCAGGAGGAAGGUGAAGCGCAGUACCUGCUGUUCGCCACCAAGAACAUCAUCGGCUUGCAGAAGAUACCACUCGAUGGCAAUCCGUGGAAACAUACUGCGAUACUUGGUCAUCCAGUACAAAUACUAGAGAUGUGUUAUCGCGAAGAUAGCGGGACACUGUUCACAAUCGGCGCGAAAGAUAAUUGCAUGUAUCAGUGGGCGGCCAACUUCAGGUCAGUAGAAACAACUACGAAGAUGGGUGGUAGCGAUCUGGAUCCCUACUACUGUCUCAUAGAGAACGGUCGUCCAGGCUGGCUCUUCAACGAGAUCAGAGACCUGUUCUACUACAUCCAGAUCCUCUGCCAGGGCACCUUCUCCCCAUCGAUGAGGCGUGUCAGUGACUUCAUACCGAUCGACUCAAUGCCUGAUCUGAUGAGGGCAUUGGGAUAUUUUCCAUCCGAAUACGAGGUAGAAAAUCUUCUCGUGGAAGCAAAGUAUAAAGUCUACCAACGCUUUCCGAGCACUGAGAUAGACUUCGAUGAGUUCGUAAAACUGUACCUCAACCACCGGCCGGCUUUCUGUGACAACUUUAGGAAGAUCAGAAACGCAUUUCGCCACUUUGCCGUCAUGGAAAACAAUAAGCUGACUAUAAAUCGUGAAGACUUUAUUGAGAUACUUAACAGUAAUGGUGAACGCUUCCCACUGGAGCUGUCCUGGUACUUGUUGUCGAUCCUGAACGGUCACAGCUUCGAGGAUAGAGCCGCCAUGACAGAAGGCGACUUCUCCUUUUUGCCUCAGAAGAUAACACUGGAAGAGCUAGCGUCCAACCUCAUGGGCAUCCAGGACGUGGACAUCUUGUCAGAGCAGUACUCUGUCAGAGACUCGCAGGGAUCCCAGCAGACUGUCUCCUCGGAAUCGGAGGAAAUUUAAAUAAAA